AUGGAUGCUCUAGCUGUUCCCACUACUCCUGCCCAAGCCAGAUCGCUUGCUUCGUCGCUGUCGUUUCCUGGUGACCCCAAUGAUCUGUCGAAUGGCAACAUUGCAAAUGAAAGUUCUAACACAGAAUCUCUAAAAGGUGAGCCUGACGAGCAGGGAUCUUCAGGCCUCGUGCCUACUCUGCAGAACAUUGUCGCAACCGUAAACUUGGCUUGCAGGCUGGACCUCAAGACCAUUGCGUUGCAUGCGCGUAAUGCAGAGUACAAUCCCAAGCGUUUCGCUGCCGUAAUUAUGCGUAUUCGUGAGCCCAAGACAACAGCGCUUAUUUUUGCCUCGGGCAAGAUGGUUGUUACUGGUGCCAAGAGUGAAGACGACUCUCGUCUUGCUUCUCGCAAAUACGCCCGUAUUAUUCAGAAGCUUGGCUUCAAUGCCAAGUUCACCGAUUUCAAAAUUCAAAAUAUCGUUGGUUCUUGCGACGUCAAGUUCCCGAUUCGUCUUGAAGGCCUGGCUUUCAACCACGGAACUUUCUCCAGUUACGAGCCCGAGCUGUUCCCUGGCCUCAUUUACCGUAUGGUCAAACCCAAGAUCGUGUUGUUGAUCUUUGUCUCUGGAAAGAUUGUUUUGACUGGUGCAAAACAACGCCAAGAGAUUUACGACGCCUUUGAGAAUAUUUACCCCGUAUUGUCCGAGUUCCGAAAGAGCUGA